UCGUCCUUCACAAGAGGAGCAGUGGAUCUGCCAAGAGAGACUCUUCAGAAAACAAGGAGGGCGUUAUAAAGAUUACACUGAAUAUUAAGAUCUUGAAAGGAAGCCAGAGACAGACUGAAGCUCUGUUUAAGCAAACACCAAGACAGAGAAUUUGUUUUGGCUUAGAGUGCUGAGCUGAUACUGAAUCCUCCCCAAACAGGACCUAAGCCCAAACCGAGGCAGGUGGACUGGAUCCAAUAUACAGACAGAAAAAAGGAUUUGACUUUGCUCUAAAUCAGAACCAGACUCUAACAAAAAAAACAUUGGGCAUUAAUGUAUACAGGAAUCUAGGCGGAAUACCACAAUAAAGUCACCUCGCAUACUCAAACUUUUAAGUUUGCUCUGAGCGAGCCAAGAUGAUGACCAUGAUGAUGAUGAUGGUGGCCAUGAUGGUCACCUGCAGCUCUCUUUUCCUGCUGGGUCUGGCCGCCGCCCACGCUUCCUCCGGCACCAUGACCCGCACUUCCUCUACAUCUUCAUCCUCGUCCUCCUCUUCCUCCUCCUCCUCUUCCUCACCACGCAUGAAGCUCUCAUACAAAGAGUUGCAGCAGUUCCAUGGAGUGCGGAGGUUCGAGCUGGAGCGUUCCUGCUGCUUCAGCGCUCUGCUGUUGGAUGAAGAAAGAGGCCGACUCUUCGUUGGGGCCAAGAACUUCCUGCUGUCGCUAUCGUUAGACAACAUCGCCAAGCAGGAACACAAGAUCUACUGGCCUGCUCCUGUCGACUGGAGGGAGGAGUGUAACUGGGCUGGCAAGGAUAUCACUUCCGACUGUGUGAACUAUGUGAAGAUUGUGCACCACUUUAACCGCACCCACCUGUACGCCUGUGGAACCGGAGCCUUCCACCCUACCUGUGCCUUUGUGGAGGUGGGACACAGGAUGGAGGACCAUGUGUUCAGGAUUGACCCCUCCAAGGUGGAGGAUGGGAAAGGGAAGAGUCCGUAUGAUCCUCGCCACAAUGCUGCAUCUGUACUUGUCGGUGAUGAGCUAUAUGCAGGCGUGGCCACGGACUUAAUGGGACGGGACUUCACCAUCUUUAGAAGCCUGGGGAAACGCCCAUCCAUCCGCACUGAACAGCAUGAUUCUCGCUGGCUCAAUGAACCAAAGUUUGUUGGUUCCUUUUGGGUCCCGGAAAGUGAAAACCCUGAUGAUGACAAGGUAUUUUUCUUCUUCCGGGAGACUGCGGUUGAGGCUCAGGGGCUGGGAAAGUCCACCUACUCCCGCAUCGGACAGCUCUGCAGGAAUGACAUGGGCGGUCAGCGAAGUCUGGUGAACAAGUGGACAACAUUCCUCAAGACCCGUCUGAUCUGCUCGGUGCCAGGAGCGGACGGCAGCGACACAUACUUUGAUGAGCUGCGCGAUGUGUUCCUGCUGCAGACGAGGGACAGAAAGAACCCUCUGGUCUACACGGUCUUCUCUACUUCCAGCAGUGUAUUUAAAGGCUCAGCUGUGUGUCUCUACUCCAUGAAUGACAUCCGGAGGGCCUUCCUGGGGCCCUUCGCUCACAAAGAGGGGCCCAACUACCAGUGGGUCCCCUUUCAGGGAAAAGUCCCCUAUCCACGCCCAGGAAUGUGUCCCAGCAAGACAUUCGGCAGUUUUGAGUCCACAAAGGGUUUCCCAGAUGAUGUGAUCCAGUUUGCGCGUCACCACCCUCUGAUGUAUAAUCCGGUCUACCCUAUGAGCAGACGGCCCGUCUUCGUCAGAACUAAUGUAGACUACAGCUUCACACAGAUUGCUGUGGACAGAGUCAACGCUGCCGAUGGACAAUAUGAUGUCAUGUUUAUUGGCACAGACAAAGGGACAGUACUAAAGGUGAUCAAUGUUCCCAAGGAGAGCUGGAACAACAUGGAGGAGCUCCUACUGGAGGAGCUGGAAGUCUUCAAAGAUGCCUCAUCUAUCAUCGACAUGCAGAUCUCCUCAAAACGGCAACAGCUGUAUGUGGGCUCAGACACAGGCAUUGCCCAGGUUCCCCUUCACCGAUGCAGUGUGUAUGGGAAGGCCUGUGCUGAGUGCUGCCUGGCCAGAGACCCAUACUGCGCCUGGGAUGGAACAUCCUGUACUCGCUACCUGCCAAACACCAAGAGGCGUUUCCGUCGCCAGGACGUAAGGAACGGAGACCCUAACACCCUGUGCUCUGGAGACCACCAUAAGCACCGUGUAGCAGAGAGGAAGCUGUAUGGAGUUGAGGGAAGCAGCACUUUCUUGGAGUGUAUCCCAAAAUCCCUUCAGGCCAGAGUCACCUGGACCUUCCAGAAACAUCCACAGAACCCGCGGGAAGAGGUGCGUCUAGAUGACCGCAUUCUCCAGACAGACAGAGGCCUUCUGAUUCGCCGUGUCCUGAAGAGAGAUGUUGGCAUCUACCAGUGCCAUGCCAUGGAACACGGCUUCACCCAAACUUUACUAGGCAUCACCUUGGAAGUUGUUCCUUCAACAUCCUCCUCAGUCUCCAAUCUACCCUCUGAUGCCCCUGUCCGAUUAGACCCCCGCAGUGGAGGUGGGCCUCCAAUGACCAAUCAGAAGCUUUGGUACCGGGACUUCAUGCAGCUGGUGGACCACCCUAACCUGAGCACUGUUGACCAGAUUUGUGAGCAAGUUUGGGCGCGAAAGAAUGCCGGCACUGACCAAGAGGAUAAGACCUUUCCUGCUGCGGGGAAGGACGCCUUGCCUCUGGGCCCUGCUGUCCGCCCAGCUAACAAGAAGUGGAAGCAUCUUCAGGAGAUAAGGAAGGGGAGAAACCGCCGGACCCACGACGGGAAGCCGAAUCCUCGGGCGCCUCGCAGUGCAGGGGAGUAACAACGCCGAGAAAGACAUGGAGGGUGAAAAGAAUGACUGAUACAAGAAAGAAAGGAGGAAAAUGAUAGAAAGAAACUGAGAGACCAAGAACUCCUGGAGGUGUUCACACAUACAGACACUACAACAUACGAUAAAACCCAUGCAGACACACACACACACACACACACACACACACACACACACACACACACACACACACACACACACACACACACACACACACACACACACACACACACACACACAGCACCUCCUCUAUUGUGUAUAUUUAUCUAUGGAUGCUCCCACUAUAAAGUAAUAUCCCUGAGUCCUCGUCCCACUGGCCAGCCCCUGCAUGUGCUGCCUUACUGCCCAAAUUGAUUCUGCACGAUCCCUUUACACAGUUCCACUAGCGUAUUCAAGUGUACAUGCAGAUAUAUGGGAGUGACCAUUAUCUGUGGGCAAAAAACUUACACUCGCCUUCCAUUCCUGUUGACACUGACUGUAUAUGGAAGGAAAGUCCCACAUCUUUUGUUGCCUACUUCAUGCAAACCACAUAGGUUGUAUGUGGAUAGUGGAUCUACAUAUGAAGAUCUAAACUCUGGACUGCACCACUCAGAACAAAAACAGCCCCCAAAGUUUUGGAUGACCUCUGCUCAAAGCUUUUCUUACUUGAAGAUUUCAUACCAAUGUAGAAAAAUGGUGGGCGUGAGUGCUGGGCAUAAUGGGAGGUAAUGGAGAAACUGGAAUAUACUGGAAAGUUAUGGUCUCUUACUGGAAAUACAUUUAACUAUUGAUGUGCAACUGCAAAAUCAUUAGGAGAAAUAAACACUUUUUGAAAACAUUGUUACUACACAAACAGAUUAAUUGAUUUACUUCCCGUGGUGCUCUUGUUAAACAUAUUUCCAGUAACCUCACGUUUCACAUGGUUUUGUGUGCAUAUUACAUAAAACAAUCACAGAAGAGGCAGAGAUGUCAGCAGUGUGGGGCAGCCUGUGGAACAGAUCAGCAUGUUGCAAAACUGGUUAUGUUAUAUAGUAGUUUUUUUAUGGUUUCCUUAGGCACAUUGAGGCAUUUUGCAGCAAAAUAAAUCACACAAUACAAUGCAGUUAUGGUUAGAGAGAAGUUGAAUCUGGCCAGAUAUAAUUAUAUUGCUUUACUGGUCGAAACCACUAGAGAGUGAGGGAUGGAAAAACUACUGGCAUUCCACGAUGUGAGGGAAAGAUGAGAUGCUUGCAGGAAACAGACAAAGCUAAAGCACAAAGAAUUCAAUCUGUAAAAGCAAAUAAAAGCCCAAACAAUACCUGGAUUACAUGUAGGUACCUUGUAGCAUCUUUCACAUACUCAAGAGUUUUGACAUGAUCACAACCUUACUUUAAAAUUUGGUAUUUAUUGGUUUUGUUUUUGGCUGUGUUUAAUGUUUUGUGCAUUAACAUAAAGGGGAAAUCAAGAAAAUGGUGGUUUUUGGGGAGGAACUUUGAUACGAUGAGGAGAUAGAGGGAAGUGGACUCUAGUAUGACAACCCAUGUUUCUGGGCUACAGUACAGUAUAUAUAUAUAUAUAAAUAUAUAUAUAUUAGCAUGAUAUUUAUGAGUAAAACUAUGAUUUGUUUUUGUAUUCUAAGCGGUACUUCUACUCCUUGCUCUUUUACACUGUUCUUGCAUAUGUUGUUUGUGAUAAAUAUAUAUAUGCAAAUAAUAUGAGAUGAGGGACACGCCCUUUUCUCAUUCAACACGGCAAAAUUCACAGAAAGCUGUUCUGCGCUACCCACAAUGCAUUUCCCUGUCCACAAAAACAAAACUUCCAUCUGACUUCAUACACUUUUGGAAUCCCUUCUCAAUGUAGUGUUACAGUCAUUAAUAUCAUUGCCUUUUGCUGCUUAACGAUGUCAUCCCUUUCUUAUGGACAAUUAGUACAAUAAGGUCUUCCUUCUCUGUGUCUUUAGUCCAAUCUCUCUCUGUGUAUUAUCUGUAAAGUAGCUUGUUUGUUGGUCGUCUGUGCUAACAUGUUGUGUGUAGUCUGCCUCCUUAGUGUCCAUUGUGUGUACAGGCUCGGAUGAGGAGCCUACCUAUGGUACCAUACUUUAUUAUAUCAUAGUGUAUCCACAUGAAAGAAAACAACAGGCCAUGUUGGAAAACAUGAAUUUCUGUUUUGCAUUCAAGACUCAAGAGGAUUUUUUUAUGAUGAAUUUAUGGUCUAAUUUGUGUUUCUGCCACAAAUUCCUCAACAAGUAUUGUGGUUUAAAAUGUUCAGUAUACUGAAAUUGCCUAAACUUGGCUGUGUUCAUUAUAUCAUACCAGCCCUGACAAACUAGGUCUGUGAGUGGAUUUUAGAUGUAUUGAAUCAUUGUCGUUGUUAUUUAUGUACCUUCUUUAUAGAGAUGUAAUUAACUCUUUAAACUGAACUGAACUGACUGACUCCUGUAAAAGGAAUACUCUGCACUUUGACACCACAUCCAGGAUUUAGAGCAAAAAGAUGACAAGUUUAAAUGUAGGAAGAUGCCACAUUUCGGCAUUUAAACUGCAUUUGAACUAAUUCACUAAAAGGAGGUUAUAUGUUGACUACUUCUUUUUCUUUAAUGAGAGAUUUUAAACAAUGGUUGUGAUGUCAAAUCUGCUCGAGUCUCUCUUUAAGGCCAGCUGUUGUUUUGUGCUCUUUUGAAAUUGCAUGACCAAUGUUAGUGGCUAACGCGUUUGACAAUGGUGCGGUGUCGAGAAAGAGCGAGAGAAAGAAAGCACAAUGUAGAAUAUUAUUAAUAUUAUUCCUCUGUAUUUAUGUGCAAAGAUAAGCUGAUAUGUUGUGGUGGAUUUUUAUUUUCUUAUAGAUUUUCAUCUGUGUUGUUUGUGUCUGCUGAAAGGACUCAUCCUCAACAUUUUUUGGCCAAUGAUAAAAAAAAAAAAAAACUUCCAGAACAGUGUCCAAUUAGAGUCUUUCUUGUUCACACAGCCCUCCAAUCAACACUCCUGUUGUAUCCCAUGUCAUGUGACGCACCCCAGUAUGAUAGCGCACAAGGAGAGGCUUGUGUGUGUGUGUGUGUGUGUGAGAGCAAGAGACAAAUGUGUGCUUGCGGUUUUUGUGUGAGUGAGUUUUGGGGGAAAGCAGAGCUCUGUAUAUAAUGGCAAAGGGAACAGUGGUGUGUGUAUGUGUGUAGAGCGGUCUGAAGUUGAAAGUUUAAAGGUCGAAGGCCAAAGUUAACGUGGUUCACUGUAAUACUCCCAGAGGUCUUUGUGAAAUGUCAUGUCGGAUUGUUUUUGA